AAUAGUGUGUUUGUUUUUUGUGGUUUUUUGUUUUGUUGGCAGGACAGUACAUUGAUGAAAGCAAAGAGAAAAGAUAGGCAGCACCAAAAUCUCUUUGUCUUUACAGAGGAAAACUAUUCAAAAUGAAGAGGACACUUCUGUUUUUGGUAUGGGUGGCAUUGUUUUCCACAACCUGCAAAACUCAAGACCUGUCCAGUGCAGACAAGCCGACCGUCAACGACCUGGCCAGUAAAAACAUAGAAUUUGCAAUGAACCUCUACAGAAAGAUUGCCAGCCAACAUGACGACAAUAUCUUUUUCUCCCCUUUGUGCAUUUCUUCAGCAUUCGCUAUGCUUUCCCUUGGUGCUAAAGGGAACACUUAUGAUCAGAUCAUCAAAGGUCUAAAUCUUGAUCUCCUUCAAAGCAAAGAUAAGCCUAAUAUUAUUCCAGCGCUGUUUCGUCAACAACAGAAAAACAUCACCAGCAGCCAGGAUUUGGAUUUAACUCUGGGAGGUGCCAUGUUUGUUCCCCAAGAUUUUAAUGUACUGGAAACCUUUCUCAGUCAGACCAAAGAGUAUUUCAACACUGACACCAUCCAACUAAACCCUAUUUUGACAACCAACAUUAAUGAAUAUGUGGAAAAGAUGACUAGUGGAAAGAUUAAGGAACUUUUAAAGACAGUUGAUCCAAACACCAAACUGAUGCUUAUAAAUUAUGUUCUUUUUAAAGGCAAAUGGGAGGAGCCGUUUGAUGCUAAUUACACCGAGCAAGCCCGCUUCUACGUGAACAAUUAUAGGAUUGUUUCAGUCCCCACGAUGUUCAGAAGUGACCCAUUUCAAUUGGGUUAUGAUGACAAACUUAAGUUAUCCAUUCUAAAGCUUCCAUACAGAGGAGAUGCCUCCAUGAUUGUAUUGCUUCCAGACAAAGAUGCUGACUACAAUUCCAUUGAUGAGGAGAUCUCUGCAGAACACUUCCAUCAGUGGCUCAGAAUGUUGAAGAAAAUCAAAAUGGAAGUCUAUUUUCCGAAAUUUAAAUUGGAGCAGUCAUACAAAAUGAAGAAAAUUCUUCCAGCUCUAGGGAUUACGGACUUGUUCAACUACCAGGCAGAUCUUUCAGGAAUCAACAUGGAAACUGGGUUGAAAGUGUCUGAGGUUAUUCACAAGGCAGUAAUUGAAGUGGAUGAGAAGGGAACAGAAGCAUCGAGUGCCACUGUAGUAGGAAUAACUGGAUACUCCUUGCCACCUUCCCUCAAAAUUAAUCGCCCCUUUCUCUUCCUUAUUUACCACGAAACAACCAACAGCUUAUUGUUCAUGGGCAGGGUCGUGGACCCUACCAUAUAGAUUUAAAUUUGUUGGCAAACCUAAAGAUAUAAUCAUCAAAUUGUGAUAUUUACAUUUUUAUUUCCCAUUUCUACUUUUACUGGGGCAACUGGUAGUUAAAGCUGACGUUUAUUUUAACAGGCAACUAAAAGGUUAUUGCUUUAUCAAUGGCAGUAGUUUUGACAUGAGUUAUUUAAAAUCUGUUUUAUGAAUGCCAUGCAUUAAACUUUACUUUUGUUAAAGCAAUGUGUUUUUUUUUUUUUUCAUAGACUGUUUUUUUCAAAGCCUGUUUUUAACUCAUGCAUUAAAGCUUUGUGAAUAUGGGACCACAUUUCUGAUGAAACUAACCUAUGUCUGUAUCGUGGAUUACACAAUCUUCAAAUUCAUUAAACCUUUUUGAAUGGCCAUUUUGCCAAACUUUACUAACUAUACAGUAAAUGUCUAAUUUGUUUGUAUUGUUAUACUGAAUCUUUUUUUUUUUCUUUUUAUCAAACACCUGCAGUGUGGCCGAGCAAAACAUGCAUGUACUGUGACUUUUUCCCAAUAAAAUUAACAAAAUGAUUCUA